ACUUCUUCUACCCAUCCUCCUACCAUGUCAGAUCCAUCAAUCUACACAUAUCCGUCUCCUCUAGAGGGAUAUGGAAAUCUGCCGCCCCUUUCAGACGAGAAGAAUGCAGAUGGCAAGUCCUACGUAAACCCGCCAGCAGCCAACCCAAGUCCUGCAUAUGAGUCCUUCGUCUCUCCCAUCACGAACGACGAACGUGGUGGUUUCGACGUCCACGUCUACUUCCAGCAAAACAUCGAUUCCGAGGUCAAAUUUGCAACCGAGCUGUGGGAGCGUAUUCGAAGAGAGGUCUGGGAUAAACCAAUUGGUCCGCAUCCCAUCGCCAUGUUCGAAGUCAAUUUGUUUACGCCUGCCCAAUUCGGUGCCUUCAUCCCAUGGUUGGUCAUCAACAGGGGUCCCUUGUCUGCAUUGUUGCAUCCAAACACCGGAGACGACAUUCGAGAUCACACGCAACGUGCUACUUGGCUCGGUCAGCCUUUUCCUCUGCAGAUCGGUUUGCUCAGACGGUUGCUAGAGACGAGGGCCCAAGCGGCUCAGAACAAUCAACAGGUAAAUUAA